ACCAAGUAAGUCACUGUUUCCAGCAGAGCCACAGGAAGCUGCUUCAGAAACACUUGUCUUCUCCAGCCUCUCUCUCCUCGAAUCUUCAAUCAAAAUGAGCAAGAUCAUUGUUUUUAGCAAAGAGGCCUUCGAGGGCAGAACAGCUGAAUUCAAGAACGAUGUCCACAACUUAGAAGAAAAGGGCUUCAACAACGCCAUCUUCUCCAUAAAAGUCAUUGGCGCACCAUGGGUAGCGUAUUAUGACAAGAAUUUUGCUGGAAAGCAGCGGGUGUUUGAGGAAGGAGAGUACGCCACCCUUAGUGACAAAGGCAAGUUUUCUUCCCUCAAGAUGGUCACAGAUGACCUGGACAACCCUGAAAUCCAGCUGUUCGAGCAUGUGAACUAUAAAGGAAGAAAAGUGACCCUACGCAAAGAAACCAAUCUUCAAGACAUUGAUUUCAGUGACGUAGCUUCUUCCCACAAAGUGAAAGGAGGUGUCUGGGUGCUAUACCAGCACAUCAAUCGUAAGGGUUCCCAGAUUAUUUCUUUACCUGGUGACGAAGUUCCCAGCUAUUUGCCACUCUCCUUCAACGAUGUGGUCAGCCAUGUGCGCCCCUUGCUGCCGAAGCCAUAGACAGCAUCAUUCAAAGUACGCUUUCUGCAGCUGAACAUGAACUGGAAUCCUUUUGGAAAGAACGAGGCAGGUGGUGGGGAAUGAUGGAUCAUGACCAGAAACUUGAUUCGACUCUUGACUGUGAUGGCAAUCAGUCUGAAGAAACUUCAUGCAAUCAGACUCAAUCUUAUCAUUUGAGUAUAUCUGUGUAAAGACAUACUGUACAUGUUAACUUGGCAAAUGUUAUAUAACAAGGAUGAAUUUUAUUUGAAAGAGUUUUUGGCUUGUCAGCUGUAGCAAUCAGUAUCAGUAAACAUGUAAUAAAAUAUAGUCUUGGAA